AUGCCAAGAAAAAGAUUAACUUUCGGCGAGGAAAAGGGCGUCCGGCCUGCGCGGUUAUCCGAUGGCGAAAACCACGGCCGGUCGGGUGAAGAACAACAGAGGGGUAUAAAAAGAAUGGCGCUUGUUAGGUCAAAUGAAGAGUCUGCGGUCCGGAUCCGGCAUUCCAGGUUUAAAUCGAGGUUUGGCCUGGGGUGCUGAGGCUAACAUGACCGCGACUCUUUUGAAAUUUUGCAAAGGUUUUUUUCUCAAUUAAUCUUUUUGUAUUUUUUUCAAACAAUUCUAUAAAUUUAAAAAAAGGUUUUAUUUCUUGAGGAAUGUUUUUUAUAAAAUUCGAUAGGAGAUACUAUCAAAAUUCGUAAACCGUUAUUUUUUGAAAAAAGGCUGACAAAGAAAAAAAAAAUUGUGGCUCAAAAAGUUAGGCGUUCAGCUGAAGGCUCAAUCUCCCGAGCCGUAUUUUUAUCUAUUUUGCGCAUUUACGAACAGUUUUUCAAAUGCUUCCCUGCUGCUAAGCCUGGGGUAGACCAUGAAAUAGGGAAUUAUUUUUUUUCUCUUGAUAGAGUAUAUCAGUUUGAAAUGUCCAACAUCAAAAAAAAAACCAAGAGCUUUAAGAUUUUCAAUCCGAGCCGCGCAAGGUCUACUCCCAGUAUCUCUACAGUGAAAAUCGAAAAAAGCAAAUGAUAUGAAGUUUCUCAGCAAAAUUAAUUAUUUCAAAGAACUUGCUAUGUCGUUUCUUCCGAUGAUAUUUGACGUGUGAUACUUUUUUUUUGAAUAUCACUGGAAAAUUUGAAAUUUUUGAAAAUCUCCCUCCAAAGUAUUCGCAAAAAAAAAUGUUCAAAUAGCAAUGAUAACGUAAUAAAUUUGAGUUACGAGAGGAAAACAAGAGCGUGAGGUUGCAUAUGAUAAAGUGCACGUGCUCCCGGCUCAUUUCCUAGUCUUGCGCGAUUUUCGACGCUCACAAACUUAUCCUCCGUAUUCCGUUGCUUUUCCUGGCGGAAAUAUUCUCUUGGGAUCAAUUUAUGAACGGAAAUUUGAAAAAAUUGUUAUUUUUUCUCUUUCUAUUUCCUAUCAUAACCACGAUUCUUUUUAAUAGAAAGAGUAUUUUGGAAAAACUUUUUGUGUUCUUAAAAUUGAGCUCAUCUUAUCAUCUUUAUUUUUUUUCUACUUUUUUUCAUCCAAAAAUUCGUUUUUUUGACUUUAUUCAAAUUUAAAUUUUUUUCUAGUCUAUCGCAAAACUUCCAAAAAUUUUUUUGUAUUCGUUUUUUUGAUAUAGAGAAGGCCAUUUUACCUUGCGGUUGGGAAGUUUUUUUGAAAAAUUUGCCAGAACUUUUCUUGGUGUACCAGAUGAAAACUUUGAUAGUCUCAGCUUGCACAAAAUCUCAGUUUUUGAGGAAUAAAGACCGAAAGUCUCGAAAUAGCCUAUUCUGAUGGAUUUAGAGAAUUUCAUUUAAUUUUGAGGCGUCCUUUUUUGAAAAUGAGGAAGUUGUGCAGGUUGAAAAAUUUAGAUUCUUCUUCUGGUAUAUCAAAAAAUGAUCUGGCUAGUUUUCAGGAAAAUCCCAACCGCAAAGUAAAACGAACUUCCUUGUUAAAUAAUAAAAACCUACUUUUUUCACUUCUGUGCUGCUUUUACUUCAAAAAAGUUUGUUUUCUCCCAAUCCUCCAUCAAUUGCUUAUUUCAGUGUCUGAAAAAACUCUACAAAAUCAAUUAUAUUUGUAUUCAUCAAGAGUUCUAAGAAAUGGCUAAAAACGAUUUUCAAUGCACUUGAUAAAAAAAUGCUAAAAGUUUGAAAAAAAGAAGCUUCGAUGGCCAUUUACUGGGCAACUUUGUAAAAAAACCAGGCAAUUUUUUUCUUGUGGUAAAAGUUUUCAUGUGCCUUGAAAAAUUCAAAAUUUUACCUAAAAAAAGCCUGUUUUUUUAAUGAUGUUCAAGUAUUGAAAAAUCAUGUCAAGAAGUGACUUUCAUCGGAUUUACAUUGUUUUUCCCCCAAACUUCCUCGAUUCCAAUUCAACAGUGUGAGAAUCGGACCCAGAAGAAGCUUGGUACCGUUGAGGACAAAAAGACGCGUUUUGUGUUCCCUCGACGAUUCGCUCCAGCCUGGCAGGCGAGGCGAACGAAAGGGAUUCCGCCUAGGCGGAGGUUGUCCGUGCCUCUCUGCGGGCUCCGCGAUCAGCGGCCUCUCUCGUCGGGGCCGUCCCGCGUCCUCAGUUGCGUCUGUUUGUCGGUGACCUCUCCCUCUCUCUUUUGCCGCACCACAGCGUGGUACGCGCUGCUAGCCGCGUCGCGUUUCUUUUCCUCUACCCUCUUUCCAAGUCUUCUGAUCAAUUUACAAAUACGCUUUUUUUUCUAUUUAUAUUUUUGAGUUACGAUUCCAUGUUUCUUAUCCUCCCUCCCAACGAUUUUCUGUUUCAUUCAAGCUUUAUGUUUCAUUCAACAUCAUGCUGACAUUUCCAAUUGAGAAUAUAUUUCCUAGAAAUUUAUCUGACUCUUGACAUCUUGUACUUUUAUCACUGCCAUUUGCAGUUCUAUCUGCAAUUUUCCAAUCUAUUUGCACAUAUCAUAACGCUAUCUACUCGAGAAACUUUGAAGCUUUCUUAGAUUGUGAAAUGAAUUUCCGCUCUCACAAAGAUUUCCUAUUCUUCUCAAACGUUUCCAGUUUGUUAACGAGUUUAUAACUUCGUUAUUUCUUAGCUAUUGGUCUUUUCUUUCUCAUAGAUUUCCAACUUUUCAACUUUUUCGAAACAGCGUUUCAAUCGUCAUGCUGAUUUUGAGCCAUUUUAUGAAAUUUUUUUGUACGAUUUCGAUUUUUUAGAGUUCGGUGUUUUGGUUUUUUCAAAUAUUAUUUGGCACAUGGAUUUCAUUUUUCUAAACCCUCGUGAAAAUUUUCUCUCAAAAGUACAGAAAUAAGAUUGAUUUGGGUUUUCAUCCGUAGGUUUUAAUGAAUGAGCUAUAACUUCAAAUUUUCACAAAUCGUUUCUCAAAAAUAUUGCAAAAUCAAAGAAAAAUGAAAAAAAAAUUAUGUUUUUCAUAAAAAAAAGACCCCGCUUUUAAUGUUUGAAGUUGACAGUUUCCUUCAUUUUUGCCCAUGAUCCUUAGAAAAAAUAUGAUAAAAUUUGAUGAUUUAUCUUUUUAAAGCUGAAGAUUUUGUAGUAGCAACGUUAUUUUUUUCAUUUUUUGCUUACUAAGAAGUUUUCCAAAAUCCUACCGAAAUUUCCACUCUGUCGGUAUUUUCGCUCUCUUGGAAUAAUCUGAAAUGCAAAAAUGUCCAAAAAUUGCACUACCUUGUAUUUCGCCAUUUGGACUUCAAACGUUAUUAUCUUUUCUGAAUGUAUAUUAUCUUCAAAGCGUUUACGUUUCCAUGGAAACAUGUUAUCUGCAAUUUUAAUUGGAAAUACACUUGCUCAACAAUUACAGCAUUUGCCUCUGACACAAGCUGAAAAUCUAGAGAAAGGCACUUUGAUCACUUUCGUCAAGCACUCCAUUUCAUUUACACGAAAAUGCAUUUUUUGUUGUUGGAGGAGAAACUUUUCUGUCUCUAACCUCUUUCGACGUCAUCAUGACUCACUUUUCUUUUGUCGGCCUCGCCCUUGAAUAUAUUUGUCAAUUUUUUGCUCGAAAAACUUGUGAAAUUCCAAUUUGUUGCAGGAACGAGCCCUUCGUGGCAAUUCACUCCUCUCCAGGAGCUUCUUCCAUCAGAAACUCUCCAAAGGAGAACACUAAUACGGGACAAUCCAAGUUGAAUCAAGUCCCGAGGAAGACUUGCAAAAGAGAAGAAAAGCGACAAUUUGAUCUCGAUCGUCUUCGGCUUUAA